AUGUCUAGCCCUAGCUCCCCGUCGCCGGACAAUAUGUCUAGUGAAGAGUUUCAACAACUUGCCGCUAGUUAUGAACCUCUCAUCGAGUCCAUCUCAGUCUCCAAAGGCGCCAAGGCUGGCCAGAAGACACUGCAAGAACUUGAUCAAUUCCGUUUCGUCGAGGCCCCGGCACUCUUUUCGCAAGACGCCCCGAGGCGGACCAUGGAUCAUGACGAUGUCAAAUUACUCGUUGACUGGAAGCUCCGUCACGGGAAGUUUCGUCCGACGCUGAUGAAGUUCGUAUUAUCGAAUGACUCUUCCACCGUCCAGGCGACUACCAUAGAGGCCAUCGAGAACUACCGAGACGCAGCCGACCUUUCCGCUGCGCUAAAUAUCUUGACCAAGCUGAAGGGCAUUGGCCCCGCCACAGCUUCGCUUCUCCUCGCAGUUCAUUAUCCUGAAAAGAUCAUCUUCUUCUCAGAUGAGGCAUACUACUGGCUGUGCAACAAGGGGCAAAAGGCUUCACUCAAAUAUAACAUGAAGGAGUAUGAGUCUCUCAACGCCGAGGCAAGGAAGCUUAUGAAAAGACUUGACGUCUCGGCAACGGACAUCGAGAAAGUGGCUUAUGUCCUCUUCAAACAAGUGGGCUCUCUCCCGAAGCAAGCCUCGAACGACUACGUAUCAAAGUCCGCCACGAUCGAAUUCACGAAGCCACAGCAGCCAGCGCCAGCAAAGAGGAAGAAGACCUCCGAAGAAGUGGUCGAAAACAAAGGUCCACUCAGACGAUCGAAGCGCGGCAAGAUGGCAUAA